UGAAAGCUUUGAGCUCAUCGCAGUCAGCUGCGAUUACGUUUUAAUUGUUCGGUUAUCCAUAACGUGGAAGAUCGAAGACCAUUUUUCUUCAUCUCUGACAAACAUGUCCAUUACUAAUCCGAAACAAACUGUGCUGAACCCGGCUAUUCCCUUCGCUGGGACGAUCAUGGGAGGACUCCACCCGGGAGAGAUGAUUCUAAUCCAAGGCAGUGUUCCAAAUGAUACAGAAAGGUUUCAGAUUGACCUGACGUGUGGAAACAGCACGAAACCUAGAGCCGACGUAGCCUUCCACUUCAAUCCGCGUUUCAAAAGGUCACCUUGUAUCGUCUGUAACACGUUGAAACAGGAGCGCUGGGGCAAGGAGGAGAUCCACUACAAAAUGCCUUUCACAAAGGGAGCGGGCUUUGAGAUUGUCGUGCUGGUGCAGAAAGACUUAUACAAGGUGGCGGUGAAUGGUGCCCAUGUGCUUGAGUAUCGACACCGAGUUGACUUGAGCAAAGUGGAUACAUUGGCCAUAUCUGGGAAGGUUCAAAUCCAAGCCAUCGGAUUCAUCCCAAGCUCGAGCCCAGUUCCCGCUCCCACGGCAAAUGUUGCAUUGAGCAAAGGAGAAAAAGUUAAUGCAGAGUCGGAGUCAGGUGACUUGAGCCUUCCAUACAAGUGUAAAAUUGCAAAGGGCUUGAGUCCAGGGCAGACCAUCACAGUCAAGGGUCAGAUCAGUCCCCAUCCACUCAGUUUCACCGUGAAUCUGCGCGUGAGUAACUCUGAGGACAUCGCCCUGCAUCUGAACCCUCGUCUGAAUUCCGGAAAGUUCAUCCGUAACUCCUACCUGUCCGAGUGCUGGGGCCCGGAGGAGAACUCUCUCCCCAGCUUUCCUUUCUCCCCUGGGGAAUACUUUGAGAUGAUCAUUCUGUGCGAGGCUCAGGGGUUCAAAGUGGCAGUCAACGGUGUUCACCAGCUAAACUACAAGCACCGCGUGCAGGACCUGAAAACCGUGGACCUGUUGGAGAUCUUCGGAGACUUGGAGUUGACGGGUGUCCUGCUGUGGUGAAGGCAAAAGAACACUUAAGGAGAACCUCAAAACACCUCCUUCACCUCUAACCAGAAACUCCUCAGUAAUCGACUGCUGUUUUAGCUCAACUCCUCAGUGUAUUGUACGAGAGGUCUUCUAGGUGGUCUUACCAGCUAUAGUUUACACACACUCGCUGGUCAGAUGAAUGUAUUUAACUUAACUCGAGCAUACUGCACAGUAUCUUUCUACGAGCGCUGACGAAAAGUUCUGCUUAAUUAUAACGGAAUGAAGUAAACUUGUAUGUGUUGGUAACGCAGACAUGUGGAUCUGCUGUAUCUUGUUAAAGUGGUUCUUCACAGAAGAAUGUCAAAUUUGACUACAUUAGAAGGUUAAUACUAAUACCUAGGAUUUUAAUUGUGAGAUUUGGAAUGAUUAUGCAAG